AUGAUGGUCUUUUCACCAGAAGAAGAAGAGGCAUUCUUGAACGCCGAGCCCGUGAACUUGGAGGGUCGUGAAGCAGAGGUCAAACAAGCCCAGAAACGGGUAGGAGAGCUUCUUUGGUUAACUGGAAGGUCACGCCCCGAUCUGCAAUAUAUCACUUCAAUUAUGUCUUCCAGGAUUACGCGAGUACCAGAGUUGGUGAAUGAGUUGGGUGAAAGGUUGCUUGACUACUUGGCAGAGACUCAGUAUUACCGGCUGAAGUUCGUAAAGAGUGACGAUGUUGAACAGCGGUUGGAUAUAUUUACUGACUCCUCGUUUGCAACCUCCUCUGGUCGGUCUCAUGGAUGUGCCGCAGUGUUCUGGGGAACUUCACCUAUCUCCUGGCGUUCGUCGAGGCAACAGCUGAUAACUCUUAGCACCGCUGAGAGCGAGAUGGUUGAGGCUGUGGAUGGCACUACCUUGGGUUUGGCCACAAAGUGUCUGCUACAAGAGCUCCUGGGACGUGAGUUGCCCAUGUACCUCCACAUUGACAACCAGGCUGCUAUCUCACUUAUUGGUGGCAGUUCUGCAAGUUGGAGGACGAGACACCUACGAUUACGAUCAAACUGGGUGAGAGAGCGAGUGAUGAUGCGGGAACUUUACCUGCAACAUGAACCUGGGGAAACUCAGAGAGCUGACCUAGGAACCAAGGCAUUGCCCAAAGAUCGUUUGAAGAAGCUAGUGGAGCUGUGGGGUGUGGUUGACCGAAGGCCUCCUCGUGAUCCAUCAGUGCGGCGAGCCACCACACAAGGAGCCGGGCAUCAAGGUUGGCUUUCGAAGUUGGUAAUGUUCUGUCAAGUUUGUGGAACAGCAGCCUCAGAGCAGAAUACGAUCCAGCCAGAGAUUGCCUGGGACCUUUAUCUAGUAGUCGCGGUUCUUGCUAUAGCUGUUAUUGGCUUGUGGGAAGCGUUUAAGUUCUGCUGGAGAAAGAAGGAGGCUCGUUUGCGGGCAUUGAGGGUUAAAGCCAACAAAGCGACGCAGCAGAAGCUCACCAAGGCAGAGCUGAAAGAGUUGCAAAGGAUCCUCGCCUUGAACCCGGAGGAUUUGACCGUGGACCAAAAGCACCUCGCCAGUCCCAACACUUCCAAGCGAUGUACCAUCUUCGUCUACGGGAAGGAAUAA